AUGCUACCCUCUUUCCACCACCCCAAAGCCCUCCUAGGCAAAGUCGUCCUCCUCUCCCUCCUCUCAUCAGCAACAUCCGCCUUCAACCCGCUUCCACCAAUUCCAGACACCCUUCUCACCCAACAACAAGUCCCACUACACCUCAACCCCCCCUUUGACAUCCGCGAAGCCACCAUCUCUUCCAUUCACAACGCCCUCUUCACCGGCCUCACCACCUGCCACGCCCUCAUCUCCUCCUACCUCGCCCGCAUCGAAGCCUUCAACCCUUUUCUCCACGCCAUCCUGUCGCUUAACCCUCACGCCCUCGACCUCGCUUCCACUAUCGACGCUCACCUCACUUUCAACAACUCUUCCUCUCUUGUUAACCAACCCCUCCUAUGCAUCCCCGUCCUCCUCAAAGACAAUUUCAACACCAACGAAAUGCCCACAACAGCCGGCUCCCUCGCCCUUGCACAAAACACCCCCCUACACGACGCCCCCACCGUUUCGGCCUUCAAGAAAGCAGGCGCUAUAAUUCUAGGCAAGACGAACAUGCAUGAGUUCGCGCUGGAAGGGAUCUCUGUAUCUAGCUUAGGCGGACAAGCCAUCAACCCGUACGAUUCCGCCCGCACACCCGGUGGGUCGUCGGGGGGGACGGGCGCGGCCUUGGCUGCUAAUUUGGGGGUGUUGGGGACGGGGACGGAUACGGUGAAUUCGCUACGGUCGCCGGCAAGUGCGAAUUCCUUGUGGAGUUGGAGGCCGACGAGGGGGUUGGUUUCUAGAGAGGGAGUGGUGCCGGUGGGGUGGACGCAGGAUGCUGUGGGGGGGAUGGCGAGGGGGGUAGAGGAUUUGGGGGUGUUGAUGAGUGUUUUGAGCUUGGGGGGUGAUAAAGGGGGUGGUGAUAAUACUACGGUUUUGGUACCACCUGAGAUCAAGGGGAGGGAUUAUUCCAAGGCUUUGUAUGGUGGACUGGGGAAAUUGAAUGGGUUGAGGUUGGGAGUGUUGAAUGGAUUCUUCAACCAUACGGCUUCUGAGGAAACGACGCCGGUGAAUGAGGUCAUGGCAAAGGUGCUGAGGAGGUUGGAGGUAGCUGGUGUGCAACUGGUGAAUAUCACCGAGUCGGUUUACGAUACCGUGGCGAUCGCGGCAAAGCUGGAUGUCCAGACUUUUGAGUUUCGCGAAGGGUUGGAUGCAUAUUUGGAGAAGACUACUUACACGGUCGGCGACGGCAAUGGGACUGGACCAAGGAGUUUUAGCGACGUUUAUACCCUCGGCAAGAAGCAAUUCGUGGUUCUUCCUUCGCAGUACGACUAUAUCAGGAACGCAUUCAACAGAUCUACUGCCUCGCCGGAGUACUUUGUUCGGCAGUAUGGGAUUCAGCAACUCAAAACCGCUCUGGCACGAACGUUCUCAACCAACAACCUCGACGCUGUCAUCUACCCUGAGCAAAAGAACCUGGUCGUCAAGAUAGGGAGUCCCUCGCAAAGCGGACGGAACGGGAUCCUCGCCGCGCUGACGGGAAGUCCUGUCAUUACCGUGCCUGUGGGAUUCUCUAACGCAACGGAGACCGCUCCACUGGGGGUUCCCAUUGGGAUGGAGAUCUUGGGAAGGCCGUGGACGGAUGACUUGCUGCUGGGUAUUGCGAAACAUGUGGGCGAGGCGCUGGGCCCCGUGAGGAGGAUGCCAGUGGGCGGAGGGUUGGAUAAGGUGGUGGAGGUUCAGGGCGGAGGGUAUGAAAAGGUGCCGGUGGUAAACACAGAUAAUGGGAAUAUCCCGGGGGUUUAUCCGUUGGGGGUUUAUUAGGGAGGGUUUGUCAGAGAACCCGGUUUAUGGUUAUGCGCAAAAGGCGUUGAUUAUGUUUGAUGGCACGGUCAAUAUGAGCGAAGGGAAAUAUCAAUUUUGUUGUUGCUCCGG